CCGCCUCCGAGAGGGCGCGCGGUGCAAGCGAGCGGGCGGGCGGCGACGGCUGCGGCGAGAGACCCGGAGCGGCCGCCGGGGCCGGGGAGCAGGACGCGGGCGCCGUUGAGGGAGUGGGCACCCCGGCUCGGCGCUCAACAAAGAGUGGGGCCGCCCCCCUCAGGCGGAGCUGCGGGCGGAGGCUCCAUGUUGGGAAGCGGCGGCGCUCGCCCUCGUUAGCGGGAAUCGGGGCGCGCCGCGGGCAGAGCCGGCGGGAGCCGGGCCCGGAGCGAAGAUGGAGGCCCCGCUGCGGCCUGCCGCGGACAUCCUGAGGCGAAACCCGCAGCAGGACUACGAGCUCGUCCAGAGAGUCGGCAGCGGCACGUACGGGGACGUCUAUAAGGCCAGAAAUGUACAUACAGGAGAGUUGGCUGCAGUAAAAAUCAUCAAACUGGAGCCUGGAGAUGAUUUUUCUUUGAUUCAACAAGAAAUAUUUAUGGUUAAAGAAUGUAAACAUUGUAACAUCGUUGCCUACUUUGGGAGCUAUCUCAGUCGGGAAAAACUGUGGAUUUGCAUGGAGUACUGCGGAGGUGGAUCACUUCAAGAUAUUUAUCAUGUUACUGGACCAUUGUCAGAAUUACAGAUAGCCUAUGUGUGCAGAGAAACCUUACAGGGUCUUGCUUAUUUGCAUACCAAAGGCAAGAUGCAUAGAGAUAUCAAAGGUGCAAAUAUUCUGUUGACAGACCAUGGUGAUGUAAAAUUAGCUGACUUUGGUGUGGCUGCAAAAAUAACAGCAACCAUUGCAAAGAGAAAAUCUUUCAUUGGCACCCCUUAUUGGAUGGCCCCAGAAGUAGCAGCAGUGGAGAAGAAUGGUGGCUACAACCAGCUCUGUGAUAUCUGGGCAGUGGGAAUAACAGCAAUUGAACUGGGAGAACUUCAACCACCUAUGUUUGAUCUUCAUCCAAUGAGGGCUCUCUUCUUAAUGUCAAAGAGCAAUUUUCAGCCACCAAAACUAAAGGACAAAACAAAAUGGUCAUCAACUUUCCAUAAUUUUGUCAAAAUAGCACUAACCAAAAACCCAAAAAAAAGACCAACUGCUGAAAGACUUCUGACACAUACGUUUGUCGGACAGCCAGGUCUCUCUAGGGCAUUAGCAGUUGAACUGUUGGAUAAAGUGAACAAUCCAGACAACCAUGCACAUUAUACUGAAGGAGAUGAUGAUGACUUUGAGCCCCAUGCAAUCAUUCGUCAUACCAUUAGAUCUACAAACAGGAAUGCCAGAGCUGAACGGACAGCUUCAGAAAUAAAUUUUGAUAAGUUACAAUUUGAACCUCCUCUGCGGAAGGAAACAGAAGCACGCGAUGAAAUGGGAGUGUCAUCAGACCCAAAUUUUAUAUUAAAGUGGAAUCCUUUUGUUGAUGGUGCAAAUACUGGCAAAUCAACCUCAAAACGAGCAGUACCACCCCCUCUGCCUCCGAAGCCAAGGAUAAACAGUUACCCUGAAGACAACCUCCCAGAUGAAGAAAGGUCAUCAACCGUAAAACGUUGCCCUGAUUCAGAGAACAGAGCUCCUCAGGUUCUCAGAAGGCAGAGCAGCCCAAGCUGUGGUCCUGUAGAGACUUCUUCUAUUGGUAUGGCUGGCAGUGUCAGCAGCCCUGGCGUGCACACAGCUAGAUACUGUGAUUUGGGAAAUGGUGAUGGGAUCUCAAAGCUGAUGAGUGAAAAUACCGAAGGGUCAGCGCAAGCACCGCAGUUACCACGGAAAAAAGACAAGCGAGACUUCCCUAAACCAGCUAUCAAUGGUCUUCCACCUACCCCGAAAGUGCUGAUGGGAGCAUGUUUUUCAAAAGUUUUUGAUGGCUGCCCUUUGAAAAUUAAUUGUGCGACAUCUUGGAUACAUCCUGACACAAAAGAUCAGUACAUUAUUUUUGGAACCGAAGAUGGCAUUUACACAUUGAAUCUCAAUGAGCUGCAUGAGGCAACUAUGGAACAGUUAUUUCCACGGAAGUGUACCUGGCUAUAUGUUAUCAAUAAUACUUUAAUGUCAUUAUCAGGAAAAACCUUUCAGCUCUACUCUCAUAAUCUUAUAGCUCUGUUUGAACAAGCCAAGAAACCAGGAUUAGCUGCCCAUAUUCAGACUCACAGGUUUCCAGACCGCAUACUGCCAAGAAAGUUCGCUUUAACAACAAAGAUUCCUGAUACAAAAGGCUGCCACAAAUGUUGCAUAGUCAGAAAUCCAUACACGGGACAUAAAUACCUCUGUGGAGCGUUACAGUCUGGAAUUGUUCUACUUCAGUGGUAUGAGCCAAUGCAGAAAUUCAUGUUGAUAAAGCACUUUGAUUUUCCUUUGCCAAGUCCUUUGAACGUUUUUGAAAUGCUGGUCAUCCCAGAACAAGAAUAUCCUAUGGUCUGUGUAGCUAUUAGCAAGGGCACCGAAUCAAAUCAGGUAGUUCAGUUUGAGACAAUCAAUUUGAAUUCUACAUCUUCAUGGUUUACAGAAAUCGGCACAGGCAGCCAGCAGUUAGACUCUAUUCAUGUAACACAGCUGGAGAGAGACACAGUUCUGGUGUGUUUAGACAAAUUUGUAAAAAUUGUAAACCUACAAGGAAGAUUAAAAUCAAGUAAGAAAUUGGCCUCUGAACUGAGUUUUGAUUUCCGUAUUGAAUCUGUAGUGUGCCUUCAAGACAGCGUGUUGGCUUUCUGGAAGCAUGGGAUGCAGGGUAAAAGCUUCAAGUCAGAUGAGGUUACCCAGGAGAUUUCAGAUGAAACACGAGUGUUCCGUUUAUUGGGAUCAGACAGGGUUGUCGUUUUGGAAAGUAGGCCAACAGAAAAUCCUACUGCACACAGCAAUCUCUACAUCUUAGCUGGACACGAAAACAGUUACUAAGCAACAGAAACGAAUCUCAAAUGACAGGAAAAAGAAUAUAAUCCAUUGAAAGCAAAAGACAUUUUAAGGAAAUUCAGUGCUAACUUCACUAUGAUUUGCUUUAACUGUCGUGGGUUAUAUUUCAAAUUAUCUGUAUUUUAGGGUAGAAUUCAGUAUUUUCUGUAGCUGGAAACAGCUAGUCUUAUCUCUUGCCACUGUGUGGUGGUUUUAUCAAGUUUGCUUAAUAAAAGCUACGAGACAAAUAGUCCUCAAGUUCCAGGAAACACAGUUGUUUUUUAAAAAAUAAUGUUUGUAACAAGGGUGCCAUGGAAUUUUUAGAUAACUCAUGUGAUUAUCUUCGGAGGGAUAAGUUUAGUGACAUUUUAUCAUUUUAUACCAUGUCUUAUUCCUUCUUAACAUAAUUUUAUAAAGAAUUUAUCAAACAAGCCUUUUACUUUUACAUCGGCCAUUCUGUAUGUUUUUGUAAAAUAGAAUAUUUAAUCUUUAUUUAUUAAUCUCUUGCUGGAGUGGUGUAAUGUAUCUAACUUUUAGCAAAGGAAGGUUGCAGAGCAGCUUAAAGUUUUUUUAUGAUGUAUAAAAUUUUGUUUACUUUUUAAGGGUAGUACUUGGAGGGCUUAAGGUGUGUGUUUUGGGGUUCAACACAUAUAUGCAAAUUCAUUUAACAAAAAUAUUUUGUAAUACAAUUUCAUGCAGAAUUGCCUUAAAAUGGAGUUUUGUUUUUUCAACUACAGAUAGUUGUGUGGCAUCAUAUAGAAGACAGUGAUGAGGAAAUAUACUUGGAAGGGAUAUAUAUGUCUUGGUGUGACUACCACGUGUAUGGAUUCCUGACAAGCAUAUAAUCUACCUGUGAUUUUUUUAUGUUAGGGAUAAUGCAUAAGAAAUUAAGCUUCAUAUAUAUUAUCAUCCCUAAUGAAGGGGGAGAAGUAUUUAACUACCCAUGGUAUGUAUUUUACUUUUACUAUGCCAGAGGGGAAACAAAGCAAGUACACAUGUAAUCUGGGGGUUUUCACAUACUUAGGUAUUCAUUUUGAGUAGAUUUAAAAAAGAAUAUUUAAAUAAAACUGAAUUCCUGAUGGGAUAGUAUAAACAAUUAUUGUAAAACCAGUAUUCUAAAGAUAAGGAAGCAGCCAUUUUUGAGGGUUUUUUUUCUUUUGCUAUUGUUAGUAUUCAAAGUUAAAAUGUUAAAUUCUUCUUGUUAUCUUAAUGCAUUUAUGGAGAACAGCACUGAGAUGAACAAGGGUUAGCAAUAGCAAAUAAUAGAAUUUUUCUGACCAGUUACUUGAGAGAAAAACAGUAUGACUGUCUCACUUGAUCUUUAGCAGUUCUGUCAAUUAAGUAUUAUCUCCAUUUUUCAGCUGAGGAAAUGAGGAUUUAGCAAGUUGAGAGACUUACCCACCUCACACAGCAAGUUAGUGGUUGAGCCAGACCAUGAGUCUUCUGACUCUGUUCUUUUCACUAUGCAAUAUGCAAACAAUAAAAUGUUAUACCAACAAAAAAUAAAGCAUUUGUUCUUUAAUGUACACAUGAUACGAAAAUGUGACUACUUGGGGUGUGUUAAUAGAUUGGACAGAAGGAUCAGACAGAUGGCAGGGGCCCUUCUCAGAACCAGAGAUCAUUUACAUGGUGGAUACAGAAACCAGCAUCCUCCUCCUCUCACUGAAUCCUGACAGGCAUCCCAGCGGAACACUGAAGAGUCUUCGUGAAACCUGGCCAGUGCCAAUGAAAAGACCUCAACAAGAUCUUGACGUCAGAGGCAUCCUGGCUGCCCAGGUAGAUGCCACAGUGGAAAUUUCCACAGUGGACAUCUUAGCAUGCACACCACCCCACACUGCCAGAGUUUCCCGUCAGUCUUUCAGUCCUGUGCUGUUACAAAAUGCGCGAACAACCAAGAGUUACAAGAAACCUGAGGAAAAUCUCUACUUGAAAACGAGAAAAUAAAGGAAGACAGGAAAUUUCACAAGAAAGAGAUAUCUUCAGAAAGAUAUUACAAACAUGAAUUAGGAGCAGAAUACCUCACAAAGAGCUUUCUGAAAACAAAAGCAACUCUUGGAAAAUAAUAAUUCAACAAGAAGGCUUAGAAUGUAAAGUUGAGGAAAUUUCUCAGAACAUAAAGAGAAUAAGUGAAAUAUGUGAAGAAAUGAAUGAAAAUAUUGAGGAAAAUCAGUGAAGAAAACAGCCCAGGAGGUCCAAUAACUAAUUUCCCAGAGUAGCCAAAAAAAAAAAAAACCACAUGUCGGGGCUGGCUGGGACUGGCGUUGUAGCACAGUAGGUGAAGCUGCCACCUGCAGUGCUGGCAUCCCAAAUGGGCGCCCCUUCAAGUCCAAGCUGCCCACUUCUGAUUCAGCUCCUUGCUAAUGUCUGGAGAAAAGCAAUGGAAGAUGACCUAAGUUUUGGGGUCUCAGCACCCAAGUGGGAAACCCAGAUGAAGCUCCUGGCUAAACCUGGCUCAGCCCUGGCAGUUGGGACCAGCUGGGGAGUGAAACAGCAGAUGGAAGCACUUCAUUGUUUUUUUCUGGGCUCUGACUUUCAAAUAAAUAAACCUUAAAAAAAAAAAAAACAA